GGGGAUGUGGUCAAGAUGCUGGCUGUCGGGAUACUGGUAGCUGAAAUACCAACACUGGAAUCCCGACACCCUUCAGAAUCCCGACAUCGGAACGCCGAAUGGGCCAGCAAACCGACGCUGGGAUCCCGCGCAGCGAGGCAUUAUAAAGAGCCAUGUCCACAAUGUUCAGAAGUUACCUGGGGUGUCAACGAUGAAGGCAGAUUCUACUGCAAAUCCUGCCACACCUUUAUAGAGAAAACCAAAGACGUUGAGGAGUUAGACCUUUUCAUUCACAAUUCAAAGGUACAGUCUGUUUCCAGGGGAUUAAGGAAAGCGAAAACUGAAACAUUCAGCUGGGAGUGGUACGUUUGUGAAGGCUUCCAGCUAAUCUUGCUCCGGCAAGCUGAAGCCCUUCAAGCCUUGGGAGUGGACCCUCAAGUUAAGGAUCAUGUGAUGUGCAAUCUCUGGAGACGAUACCUUCACAAGACUAAACAAGCUUACUGCAAAAUACCGCCGUCCAGGUGUUGGCCAUCGCAAACGCUAUCGGAGAGCAGUUUGUGCUCCUCCGAACUGGACAGUGAGCCAGAUGUGACCCAAGCUUCAGAAACUGAAGGAGAAACUGAAGGAGAAACGUUAUCUGAUUACAGCUGUGGUCUCUCUUCCUCCGAUCAAUGCACAACAGCAUCAGAAAGUAGCUGGUCUGUCCACUCUGGGUCUGUAGACGGAAGAUUAUACAAGCGAGUGAAGAAAAAGAAGAGAGACUGGAAAAUGUCCAUGCCGAUGACGCUCGCGUUCUGCUACCUCUCAUUACUGUGGGUCAGAGCAUCUAUCACUCUCUCUGAUUUGUUAAGACUAGUUUUCUACCGUCACGUACCUUACUUCAGUCCAGAACAGUAUUUACCAGAGAAAACCAAUGUCAGUGGAUUAGACGUUACGAUCUUUGAAGUUAAGACCUUCCCAGUAUACAGUGAUAUCAUGGAGCUGACUACAGGCCUUGGAACCUUUUUAGAGUUACCUCCAUUUCCACCCAUAACACAAACCUGCUAUUAUCACCCCAAUGUACUGUGUAUGAAAUACCUGAUGGAAGUGAAUUUGCCAGAUGAGUUCCAAAACUGGAUCUACCUGGUGGCAAAGAAGACUGGACUGAAUGAUGCCACUAAUCUGACGUUGGAUCCCAUGAAGAAACGAGGAAGAUGUAUCCCAUAUGACAUUCAAGCUGUUGCCUUAAUAAUAGUUGUUCUCAAACUGUUAUUUGCCCUCAAUGAUGACUGGGAAUGGCAGAUGUCAAAGAUUGCUCGCAGCAGAAAUAAUAAAAAGGGUGAAGAUAUUGCAGUUUUUGAUUUCGAAAAUUGGUAUGAAACCAUGCGGCCGUGUAUGGAUGAAGCCCGACGUACUCGGGAGGAAGAGUAUGCCAGGUUUUCUUGGAAAAAUGAACGAGUUGUUACUUACUCCCAAAGUGGCAAAUCUAAGGUUUUAAAAAGAAAACGGAUGGCAAAUAACUUGCAGAGGCAGUUUAGCAAGCUGUCUGGGGCUGCAGCUGAUGCUGGGAAUCCGGGCCCAUCAAGUUUCUUGUUCAACUGGGAAGAGCAAAACACAGGCAAGAUCUGUUUUCAUGGACACAGCCUGAAGGGAAUUGCGCAACAAGGCAAAAACCUGCUCUCGGGACUAAGCACGAAUUACUGGUUAAGCUCUCUGAAAAAAUGUACAAACAGUUUUUGUAAACACUGGAAAUUAUACGAAGCGUCCAACUUCCCGAGCAGCUAUGACUUUGUCCUGUCUCUCUUCUCCGUGGUUCUGAACGUGGAGGUCUGCGCUAUCCACUACGAGGUGUGCUUGGUGGAGGAGAAACUCUUCCAGUGGAAGCUUAAGACAAUGACUUGAACAUCGCAGUCAUGUCACAGGAUGUGCCCGUAGACCUGUAUAAUCGAGAGGAGCAGAACUAGUUCAGACACAACUACAAUAGUAAAUGUUGAAUAUCCCUGAUUUGCCAUGAUGGAUUAGGAUGACUUGUUUACACGCCAUCCGUGUGAAAUGUCGUGUUGAGCUACAAUGAUACACAGUAGAAGACAACGCUCUCAUCCAUUAAGGAGCUGUCUAUUGUCCAGACGGGGCGCCUUAUUGCAGCCUUCAGUUGCAGCAACAGAUUUGCUGCCUAGAUAAUAAUGGACAAACAUGGGCCUAUCUGUUAAAUGCAAUGGCAACAAAAAUGUACAGAUGUUUUGUUUGUUGUCAGUAGAGUUCUAGAAGUCUAGAAAGCCUCCUGAAACAGGACAGGGCAGUUACAAUAAAUACAUAAAUGAACAAG